AUGCCGGCCGGGAGCAUCUGCCCCUCCCCUGGCGAGACGCGUGGGACAGAGCUUGGGACAAUAAAAUCGGGAGCACAGCGGGGUGAGGAUGUGCACCCGAGCACAGAGCGGCACCUGGGGGUCCCAGGACCCCCAACCCCAGGACACAGCGGGGUGACGGAGGUGACGGAGGUGACCGAGACCAUCGUGACCGAGAUCGUGGAGGUGACCGAGUACCCGGCGGGCGACAAGGGCGGCGAGCCCGUGGUCACCCGGACGGUCACCGUGCUGACGGAGCGCGUGGGGGAGCUGGCCGGACACACGGACGGCGCCGAGGUGUCCCCACGGGCUGUCCCCGCCCCGGAGGAGGCGGCGGAGCGCGGCCAGGAGACCCUGGAGCGGCUGCUGGCCUGGGUGGCCGACAUGGAGGAGCUGGUGGGCAACCAGAAGCCGCCGUCGGCCGAGGCCAAGGUGGUGAAGGCGCAGCUGGAGGAGCAGAAGCUCCUGAAGCGGCUGCUGGAGGAACGGAGGCCGCGCGUGGAGCUCGUGCUGCAGGACAGACAGACGGCGCAGGACAGACAGACCCCGCAGGGCUCCGCGCCCGAGGGCGGCGCCGGCCUCCUCAGCCUCGGCGAGAGGUGGGGCAAGCUGAUGCAGGAGGCUGAAGCCAGGUACGGCUGCCUGGAGCGCAUCCUGCCCGCAGCCCAGCGCUUCCAGGAGGCCGUGGACGCCUUCCAGGAGUGGCUGGGAGCCACGGAGCGGCAGCUGGCCCAGCUGUGGCGCGCCGACGGCUGCGUGGGCCGCCUGCAGGACGCCCACCAGCAGACCCAGGCCCUGUGCGAGGAGAUCCGCGGGCGGCUGGCAGAGCUGGACGGCGCCCUGGACAGCGGCCAGCGGGUCCUGGAGAUGGUGACAGGGGAGGAGGCGCAGCUGACGCAGGAGAAGAUGGAGUCGCUGAGGAUGCGCUACCUGAUCGUGGGCCAGAGCAGCGCCGACACCGCCCAGCGCCUGGGCCAGACCCUGGAGGCCUCGUCCCGCCUGGGCACGGCCCCUGAGGACCUGGCGCUGUGGCUGAGCCGCAUGGAGAAGGAGCUGGGCGAGCUGGAGAGCCAGCAGGAUGGCCAGGAGCCCUCGGUCACGGCCAGCGACAGGGAGAAGUUCGAGCAGGUGCUGGACUCGCAGCUCGCCCUGGUGGCCGCGCUGGGCGAGCGGCUGGACGAGAUCGGCCGCGUGCAGCUGGACGCCGAGGCGCUGCGCUCGCAGCUCUCCGAGCAGAAGCUGCUCUCCGCCGAGAUCCUGCACUGCCGGGGUUUGGCCGAGCGCCUGCUGCGCUUCUCGGAGCCGCUGCUGCGCUGCUGCCCCGAGCCCCAGCGGCUGCGCCUGCAGCCGUCGGUGCAGGCGCUGCGGGAGCGCACGGAGCAGCUGUCGGUGCGCAGCGGCGCCUGUGCCGUGCAGCUGGAGCACGCCCAGUCGCUGCUCUCCCAGUUCUCCGAGGCGCUGGAGGAGCUGCUGCCCUGGCUGGAGGAGACGCAGGCGCUGGGGGUGCAGCUGUCCCCCAAUUCCAUCAGCUACGAGGCCUUCAAGGAGCAGCAGGCGCUGCUGCAGGCGCUGCGGGAGGACAUCGAUGCCCUGCAGGGCGAGCUGGACACGCUGGGCACGCUGGGCGUGGAGCUGAUGGCCUCGUGCGGGGACCCCGACAAGCCCGACGUCACCAAGAGCCUGGACGACGAGUUCAAGCGGGAGCUGUACCAGUGCAAGGUGGAGGUGGAGAGCCUGCGGCACCUGGGGGGCACCGGGCACCCCCCGGGCACCCCCGGGAACCCCCCGGGCACCGAGCACCCCCCGGGCACCCUGAGCGACUUCCGGCAGCGCUGGGAGCACCUGGAGGAGGAGAUGGUCAGCCGGCAGGUGGGCACUGGCAGCUCUGUGAAGGGGGCCAGGGCUGACAGCUCCCUAAAGAACUGGGGGAACACUGGGGUUUUGGUGGGGGAAACCCAGCGUGGUGCCAGGGGGGAAAGCGCCGUGCGUUACCGCGGGCUCACGGGGCGUGCUGGCAUCACGGGAGACUUUGGGGUGGCUCUCCUUGACAGGGGAUGUGCCAACCUAAGGAGCACAGGAGGGCUGAGAUGA